GCAACUGAGGAAAACAAAAGAAAAUAAAAAUACUAGUACUUCACCUCACAGCUCAAAAAGCAUAAACCACUUUACAACAUUUUGCAGUAUACAGAAUUAAAUAAUGCUGCGGUGGUACAGGGCUGUUCUCCCACAGCCCGAAGUUUCUUGAACUGUCUGUGUUUCGGUCCGUGGAGAGUGUAUUCGUUGCUGCUUCUGGACAGAUGAAUUGACUAGAAUUUGUUAUACCUUAAAAUCUUUGAUAUUUCAAAAUCCGUUCUGUGUCAGUGCUUUCGUUUUAUUGACGUUAAAGUGGUCCGACGUGGUACUCCAGAAACGUAAAUGAAAAUGUCCCACGUCAUAAGUGGCGCUGUUGUGUUCGAGGGUCCUGAGGAACCUCCCCCCGCCCGCGGACGUGAAGUGAUCAUCCGUUGGCCAUCUGUCAUCACGUGACCGGUACGCUCCUCGGCGUCGCGUUUUUUCCUGUCACGUGACUGCGUUUCGCUCGAAACGUGGGAGGAGUCACCCCGCGCAGUGUUUGCAGUUUAUUUUCUUCCCCCUCUCUCUCUAGCGGAUCGGGGGCGUUAGCACCGCGGUACCUGGGAAUUUGUGUAUCACAGGUGGGUGCCUGGACGAAGUUCGUGGAUGAAUCCGCUUCGCCAACACCUGAGCGAGAAGAUAUGUGAUGAAAGCUUUGCAUAAAGCAGGGGAAGCCCAGCCAAUUGCCAUGAACAGUGAACUAAAUGUGCCCAUGGGAUCCCCGGUGCCAGGAGGCUCAGAGCGCCUCCAGGACGGAGGGGGAAUGGACUACAGGGACUGGGUACGUCGCAGCUACUUGGAGCUGGUCACCUCCAACCACCACUCGGUGCAGGCUCUCUCCUGGAGGAAACUUUAUCUGAGUCGAGCCAAACUCAAGGCCUCCAGCCGCACCUCUGCCUUGCUUUCCGGGUUUGCCAUGGUGGCUAUGGUAGAGGUGCAGCUGGAGAUGCAGUACAACUACCCUCGGCUUCUGCUGAUUGCCUUCAGCGUGUGCACCACUGUGCUGGUAGCGGUGCACCUCUUUGCCUUGCUCAUCAGCACCUGCAUCCUACCCAACGUGGAGGCCGUCAGCAACAUCCACAACCUCAACUCGGUCAGCGAGUCACCCCAUGAGCGCAUGCACCACUACAUCGAGCUCGCCUGGGGCUUCUCUACAGCCCUAGGGAUCCUGCUUUUCCUCGCCGAGGUUGUGCUCCUUUGCUGGAUAAAGUUUCUCCCCGUGGACUCGGGGGCCGCUGCUGGGUCGCUGGCUAGGGCCAACUGCAGCAUGCCAGCCUUGCCACAGCCCAGCCAUAGCGGCUGGCAGGCAGCACUUGCCUCCACCAUCAUCAUGGUGCCCGUGGGUUUAAUCUUUGUGGUCUUUACCAUCCAUUUCUACCGCUCCCUGGUACGCCACAAGACAGAGCGGCACCAUCAGGAAAUUGAGGAACUGCACAAGAUUAAAGUGCAGCUGGAUGGCCAUGAUCGUGGUCUACAGGCCGUUUAAACCCCAGCCUGCACAGGAGUUCACAUUUCCCAAAUCUCUUCCUGCAGCUCCCAUAUGAACUGUAGUAAAUGUUGCAUGAAGACUUCACAUGGGAAAUACUUUCCACUCUAGCUUACUCAUCCUAGGCCUUUUGUGUAACGAACGUACUAUUUGUCCUUUCUGUGAUGCGGAAGUGUUUCUUGUUGAGACUGGUGUCUGGAUUCUAUUUGAAACCAAACUUAAGGACAGUGGUGAGUUCACAAGUAAUUUAAGGGCUAAUUUUGUGUUAAGAUAAACUUUGAGUAUUUUGUUGCCUCCUGUCUUCAUGCCAUACUCCAUCAAGGGAGUCAGGGAAUCUGAAGCUGGUUUUUCUGAGGUUUUGAGUAAGGAAAGCUAAACUUGGCUGAUAAAAUGUGUUGUCAGCAUGUGCUGUUUUAGACAUGGUUAGUAUGACAGGCCCUGACUGUACUCAUGAAUGAGGUAGUUUAGCCUACAUUUCUUCAGCUCAAAUUCUGCUGUGUAAGUGAUGAGCGCUAUGUAAAAAGUAUUUAUGUAUGUGGCUUACCUGCAAAAUGUGUGUGCUCGCCAAGUUGUAUCCAGGAUGCACUUUUGUGUAAAAAACACAUCUUCAUAAGGGUAAUCAUGGCAGCGCACAUCGUUACAAGACAAAUAUUUGGUUGUCAUUACUUUUCACUGCAUUGAAAGCAUUCAUUGUAGGAUAUCAGUCUCCUAAAUGCAUGAUAGACAUAUGACCUUUAGAACGCCAAUGUGUGUGUAGGUGAUCAGGUUGUUGGUGUUUUCUAAAUGCAUUCGUUUGAUAUUUAGCUGUUAUUAUUUGAAAUAAUUUCACUGUUUCCUGUGAGACAAAACUGUUUUAGAAAUGCAAAGUUAUUCUCAAUUGAGAACACACAUCAGCUUUGAAUAAUCUUGAAGACUAGUAGAUUCCCCCCCUCUGAUUUCCCUGUCUUAAAUGUAAGAACACCCAAGAGAGGCUGUUAUUGUAAGACAAUGCAGAUUUUAUGUUAAAGUGCAAACCAUUUGGGAUGUAAACAUUUUAUAACUGUGGAGAAACUAGAAUAAAACAAGGAACAAGUGAUAAAAAUGACCAUUUUUACAUUUACAGUGGAUAAGUUAAGUCUUAAGACAAUGGCAUUACUUGUUGCAGUCCAUGGUGUUUUUAUCUUAUCAAGCACAAAGAAGAAAAGAAUCAGGUUUUUUUUUUUUUUGCACACAGCAUGGCCUGCUGAAUAUUAAGAAAGUGCAUCUUUUUUUACAAAAUCUUUUACCUUUUGUUACUUUUUAACUGGUUUUCAU